AUUGCUAACUUUUCUGUAAAAAAACGGCCACAAAUGGCCUUCACCUUCUCCACUUUGAAACAGCUCCACCCCCAUAAUCAACUUCGUUCCUUCACUCUCUGUAAGUGUCCAUCUACUCUUUCUCCCAACCUCAACAAUUUCUCACAUGGGUUUCGCAUUUUAUCACCAAACAAACACUCAAAGUUCUCACCUUUUCUUCUUCAAGCACACAUCACCCCACAGCAACAGCAAGAACACUCAAAACCCACAAUCAGUCGAAGAAUUAUCGACAAAAUUCAACAAGGGUUUUCAUCAUUCGAGUCUAAAGAGGAAAGGGUAGAGAAAAAACCAGUAGACAACGAAAAAAGGGUCGUAAAAGAGAAAGAUAAGAAUUCGAGAAACAGGGUUGUUUCUAAAAAAGCGAGACAUAACGAUUCAAACGAAAAGGUUUCGAAAAAUACAGGUGAUUCAGGAACUGGAAAAAGGUUUAAAAAGCCUAAAAAGGGCAAACUUGAAUCACCAUUACUGAUCCUGCGUCUCAGUUUAGAGAUUUGUUCGAAAUUAGGCGAUGUAAUGGGUGCGAUUGUAAUUUUCGAUUUAGCAAAAAGAGAAGGUAUAAAUUUAGACAAAUAUCAUUACGCUAUAAUCUUAUAUCUUUGUUCUUCAGCUUCUAUAGGGGUCGUUCAGCCUGCAAAAAGUGGUAGAUCAGAUACGAAUGCAAAUAACCCAGAAUUAUCAAACUAUAAUCCUGAAAAUUUUGAAGGAUUUCAAACCCUAGAUGAUUUAAUCCACUUGAUAAACGAUCACAAGGGUUCAACCACUAGAACCGGAAUUAAAGUAAGCGAAAAUUUGAAAGAAUAUGCACUCAAAAGGGGUUUUGAAAUUUAUAAACAGAUGGUUUCUGAUGAAGUCGAAAUGAAUGAAGCAAUCUUAACAUCUUUAGCUAGAAUGGCAAUGUCUAGAAAUGAUGGGCAAAUGGCGUUUGAUUUGGUAAAACAAAUGAAAGAUUUGGGGAUAAACCCUAGAUUACGUUCAUAUGGUCCUGCUUUAUCUGUUUUUUGUAAUAAUGGAAAUCUUGAAAAGGCUUUUGAGGUUGAAGAACAUAUGUUAUGUCAUGGUGUGUACCCUGAGGAACCCGAACUUGAAGCACUUUUGAGGGUGAGUAUAGAAGCUUCUAGAAGUGAUAAGGUUUAUUACUUGUUGCAUAAAUUAAGAAAAAGUGUCAGAAAAGUGUCGCGUUCUACUGCGGAUGUGAUUGAGAAGUGGUUCAAAAGUAAGAGUGCUUCAAGAAUUGGGAAAAGAAAAUGGGAUCAACGUUUGAUUGAUGAAGCGGUUGAAAAUGGUGGUGGAGGGUGGCAUGGGGUAGGGUGGUUGGGUAGUGGGAAAUGGAAUGUUGUGAGAUCGGUUGUUGGAAAAGAUGGAUUGUGUAAAUGUUGUGGUGAAAAAUUGGCAACUAUUGAUCUUGAUCCUAUAGAAACCGAACUCUUUGCUGAAUCGGUUGCUAAAAUAGCUAGGGAAAGAGAGAGGAAUUCAAGCUUUGAGAAAUUUCAAAAAUGGCUUGAUUACUAUGGACCAUAUGAAGCAGUUGUAGAUGGAGCAAAUGUUGGUCUUUUUAGUCAAAGAAGAUUCAAACCAUCUAAGGUCAAUACCAUUUCAAAUGGAAUUAGACAGAUGCUUCCUUCCAAGAAAUGGCCAUUGAUUAUCUUGCAUAAUAAACGUAUAUAUGAUAAUAAAAUGGAUGAAGGGAUUAACAAGGCACUAUUUGAAAAGUGGAAAAAUGCUGAUGCACUCUAUGCAACACCUACAGGAUCAAAUGAUGAUUGGUACUGGUUGUAUGCAGCUAUAAAAUUUAAGUGCUUACUUGUGACUAAUGAUGAGAUGAGAGAUCAUUUGUUUCAACUCUUGGGGAAUGAUUUCUUCCCAAAAUGGAAAGAAAGACAUCAGGUGCGAUUCCAUUUUUCUGAGAUGGGUCCCGUGUACCACAUGCCACCUCCAUGUUCAGUUGUCAUUCAGGAAUCAAGAAAAGGACAUUGGCAUAUUCCUAUUGCUUCAGAACAAGAGUCUGAAGAGGAGAGAGAGUGGAUGUGUGUGACACGUGAAGGAAAGAGACUUGAGAGGUUGGAUUCUGGAAAGGAAGCUCGGUUAACUACACAUACACCAUUAAUGUUAAAGAAUCAAGAAGUAUGUGAAACUCUAAAAGAAAGUGUUUUGUCGUCUGUUCCUGUAAAAGGAAUUACAAUUUUGAGACAAAUUACUGAAGCAGAGAAGCUUGGAGACUGUAUACUAGAUUUUCAUAUAUGAUGUCAUAUGAUGAGUUUAACUUUGUCAGACAUUGCAAUGGAAGAUUUGUCAUUAAAUUUCCGAAGGCACUUUUUUUUGUAAAGGUCCAUGUCUAGGCAGUAUUGUAAUUUGGUUGUUUUUUCGUUUUGGUUAAUAUUAUAAAAGAGCAUUUAUUUUUGAACUUUUCUGUUUAAACAUAAUAUUUGAUUUUUAUGUUGAUAAACCCACACCUUUUUCAAUGUUUUCGUUCCGAUCUUUUUAGCAGAUAACCUAAUUUUUAUUUUCAAAACCGGUCACGAUUUUUUUCAGAAGUGAUGCCAAACACGCCCUUUAAUUAUUUGAAAAGUGGUGUUUAUUUGUGUAGUUUAUGCUUCUUUUUCUUUUGACUUGUUAAUCUGGUUAUGCAUUAGGCAACACCAGAAAAGAAAGCACACAAACAUUACCCCAAAAUUUCAUUUUCAUAUAGUUUGCAUUUAUAUAAAAAUCUUACUAUUACUAUUUAUGCAACUAUUUAUCACCUUUUAACUAUUAUAUUAUUACAUUACACCCACCCACCUACAAAUUGGUGUAACGACCAGACGCCGAAGAUCCUGAUCCUUUCCUUCUUCGACGCCUCUUUUGUCUGAUUCUACAGAAAUUUAUCAACACCAAAAUCCCU